AUGUCACCAGAGGGCGAGUCACCCCUGGGUGCCCAGCUGGCCCGGAGGCUGGACCGGAGCCGGGGCGGGGGCCAGGGCGGGGACCGCUGCCCCGGCGCCGGCGUCCGCAGGGUCCGAGCGGCCGGCGCGCGGGUGAAGGUUACCGCUCCGCGGCGGGGCGGGCGCCGCGCGCUGUUGCCGGGGUCUGCGGGGCCUGCCUGCGCCCGCGCCCCCCCUCCGCCACGGCCAGCCAGUGAGCGGUACCCGCCGCCGUUGCCAGGGGAAACUCGCCGCCCCGUUACCCAGCAACAAGCCUGGCCCAACCAGGCGCGAGGACCCCCCAGGCCCCGCCCGCCGCUGCCCACCGCGUGCCCAAUGCCAGGCGGGCAGAGCCGGCCCGGCUCCCGGAGACGGCGAGAGCGCCCAUUGGUCGCCGCCGCGCCUGCCCGCCUGCCCGCCCGGGUCUGGGGGAGCCCUCCGCGCGGGGCGGGGAGCAGGGAGCCGGACCCCCGGGGGAUCUGCCGGGGUGAGGUCCGGGAUGGGCACCGUCCGCGGGAGGUUUCCUGCCCCACUCCACCCCCUUCACCCCCGGCGGGGAUGGGGUCUUGGGAUGGUCUGGAAACAGGGGGCCGGGCCUCCGGGUCCUCCUCCCAGGGAGGGGCCAGCUGGUUGGUCUCCAGGGACCUGGCAUCGGACCGCACCCCCCCACCCCCGCAGGGUCCCAGGCCUCAUAAUGACAAGGAAACCCCAGCGUACAAACUCCCAGUCUCUCAGAUUCCCCCCACCCCAGACACCUGGACAGGCGACCCCGACCCCGAGCGCCCCUCCCGGGCGCUCCCUCUCCCCAGUGUCUCCUCGGCCGUGGUCAGCCUCCCUACCCUGCCUCCGUCUUCCUCACCUCUGCCGCUGCCUCCACGUCCCCCUUCCCGGCCACUCUCUCGGUCUCUGCCUCAACAGGCCACACGCAGGGCAGACGUCAGGAAGGACUUCCCGCCCCGGUUCAGCACCAAAGCUUUAUCACCCGGGCCAGGCGGAGGCCGGGCGGCCCCGCGGCUUCCGGAGGCGCCCGAGCGGGAUGAGCUCACUCCAAGUUGGCUUGGAUUUCAUCAGCUUCCUCUGCUGGAGUUGCCCCCGCCGCUCUCCCCGCGCGCGCUGCGCGGGCGAAUCCGCCGGGCGCCUGCUGCCCCCGAGCGACGAAAGGCGGGAGUGCAGGCUCCGCGCAAAAAGCCCACCUUCGCGCCUGGCGGGGUCGCCAGCUGCGCCACGAGCCCAUUUAAUCUUCACAACCGCCCCAGGAGAUAG